UUCAUGGUUUCGACGAUGUUUUUGGAAAGUACGCACGUGUGCUGUUGCGUAUAUGUGAACGUACCCAAACAGAGGCGCACGUUCUGCAAGAAGUGCAAGGUCCACAAGCCGCACAAAGUCACCCAAUACAAGAAAAGUAAGGAAAGGCAUGCGUCUCAGGGCCGAAGACGUUAUGAUCGUAAGCAGCAAGGUUUCGGAGGUCAAACGAAGCCCAUUUUCAGAAAGAAGGCUAAGACCACGAAGAAAAUUGUGCUAAGGAUGGAAUGCACUGAGUGCAAGUACAGAAAGCAAAUCCCGCUCAAGCGAUGCAAACAUUUCGAGCUGGGAGGUGAUAAGAAGAGGAAGGGCCAGAUGAUCCAGUUCUAAACCUUGCGUUUAAGAUUGUAACUAUAUAAACAAAAAAAUAAAAUAAAUCGUUCAAGAUUUGAAA